UUUACCCUGAGUGUCAGAAAGCCUAUGACCUUUGGGCAAAUUCCUUCUUUGUGUUUCAGUUUCUUCCUGUAAAUUGGAAGGGGUUGAACUCUUUCCUUCUGAAGGAUCUUUCAGCUCCACAUCUUCUGACAUUUGAUGCUGCAGGAGAUUGUGACGUUCAAGGAUGUGGCUGUGGACUUCACCCAGGAGGAGUGGGGGCUCUUGGAUCCAUCUCAGAAGUUGCUGUUCAAGGAGGUCAUGGUGGAGACUGCUGGGAAUCUGCUCUCCUUGGAGCUUCCAGUUUCCAGAGAAGAGGUGAUCUCUUAUUUUGAGCAAAGGGAAGCACUGUGGAUGCUGGACCAAGAAGGCCUGAGGAGACAUUCUCCAGGAGAGAUCAGACUUGAAAUAAAAGAAACUCCUACAGAGCUAAGUCAUUCUGUGGUAGAAACUCCCAACCAGUGGUUUACUUGGAUGAAAAGCUGUGCAACAUAUGAGAGAAUCCAGUUUAGAGAAAUACAUUGUGAAUGUACUGAAUGUGGAAAAGGUUUUAUAAAAAAGAAAAAUCUUAUUCUACAAUCGAGAAUUCAUACAGGAGAGAAAUCUUAUGAAUGUAACCAAUGUAGAAAAGCUUUUAGAAAUAGAGCAUUUCUUAGUUUACAUCAGAAACCUUACACUGGAGAGCAGCCUUGUGAAUGUAACCAAUGUGGAAAAAGAUUUAGACAAAAAGGUGAUCUUAUUAGACAUCACAGAAUCCAUACUGGAGAGAAACCUUAUGAAUGUAACCAGUGUGGAAAGGCUUUUACAGAAAAUGGAGCUCUUAUUAGACAUCAAAGAAUCCACACUGGAGAGAAACCUUAUGAAUGUAACCAGUGUGGAAAGGCUUUUAGAAGCAAAGAAGGUCUCAUUGGUCAUCAUAGAAUCCACACAGGAGAGAAACCUUGUGAAUGUAACCAGUGUGGAAAAAGAUUUAGACAAAAGGGUGAUCUUAUUAGACAUCAGAGAAUCCACACUGGAGAGAAACCUUAUGAAUGUAACCAAUGUGGAAAGGCUUUUAGAGACAAGGGAGGUCUCAAUGGUCAUCAGAGAAUCCACACUGGAGAGAAACCUUAUGGAUGUAACCAUUGUGGAAAAUGGUUUAUAAAAAAGAGAACUCUUCUUUUACAUCAGAGAAUACACACUGGAGAGAAACCUUAUGAAUGCAACCAGUGUGGAAAUGCUUUUAUAGAAAAUGGAGCUCUUAUUAGACAUCAAAGAAUCCACACUGGAGAGAAACCUUAUGAAUGCAACCAGUGUGGAAAGGCUUUUAGAAGCAAGGGAUGUCUCAUAGGUCAUCAGAGAAUCCACACUGGAGAGAAACCUUAUGAAUGUAACCAGUGUGGAAAAAGUUUUCUAAAAAAGGGAACUCUUCUUUUACAUCAGAGAAUCCACACUGGAGAGAAACCUUAUGAAUGCAACCAGUGUGGAAAGGCUUUUAUAGAAAACGGAGCUCUUAUUAGACACCAAAGAAUCCACACAGGAGAGAAACCUUUUGAAUGUAUCCAGUGUAGAAAGGCCUUUCGAGACAAGAGAGCUCUUAUUGUACAUGAGAGAAUCCACACUGGAGAGAAACCUUAUAAAUGUAACCAGUGUGAAAAGGCCUUUAGAGACAAGCGAGCUCUUACUGUACAUCAGAGAAUCCACAUCGGAGAGAAACCUUAUGAAUGUAACCAGUGUGGAAAGGGUUUUAGAAACAAGCGAGCUCUUGCUGUACAUCAGAGAAUCCACACUGGAGAGAAACCUUAUGGAUGUAACCAAUGUGGAAACUCAUUUGGAAGCAAGGGAAAUCUUACUAGACAUCAGAGAAUCCACACUGGAGAGAAACCUUAUGCAUGUAACCAGUGUGGAAAAGGUUUUGGAAAAAAGGAUUCUCUUAUUUUACAUCAGAGAAUCCACACUGGAGAGAAGCCUUAUGAAUGUAACCAGUGUGGAAAGGCUUUUAGAUGUAAGAAAGGUCUCAUUGAUCAUCAGAAAAUCCACACUGGAGAGAAACCUUUUGAAUGUAACCAAUGUGGAAAGGGUUUUAGAAGCAAGAGAGGUCUUACUGGACAUCAAAUGAUGCACACUGGAGAGAAGCCUUAAGAAUGUAACCAAUGUAGAAAAGGUUCUAGAAAAAAGGAAUCUCUUAUUUUAUAUCAGAGAAUUCACGCUGUAGAAAAGCCUUAUGAUUGUAACCAAUGUGGAAAGGCUUUUGGGGGAAACCUGGGAUGCUAAUAUAUUAUUGGUGGAUUUGUGAACGGAUCCAACCACUCUUUCAAGCAAUGUGGAACUAUGCCCAACCGCUAUCAAAAGGUGCAUAUCCUUUGCUGCAGCAAUGUUUCUACUGGGCUUAUUUGCCAAAGAAAUCUCAAAGGAGGGAAAUGGAUCCACAUGUACAGAAAUGUUUCUCCAGCCCUAUUUGUAGUGACAAGAAACUGGAAACUGAGUGGAUGCCCAUCAGCUGGGAAAUACUGAAUAGGUUAUAGCACAUGAAUGUUGUGGAAUAUUAUUGUUCUAUAAGAAAUGAUCAGCAGGAUGAUUCCACAGAGGCCUGCAGCUACCUACAUGAACUGAUGCAAAGUGAAGUGAGCAGAACCAGAAGAUCAUCAUACAUGGCAGCAGCAAAAUUAUAUAAUAAUCAGUUUAGAUAGAUCAUUUCUGAUAGUGGCUCUUGUCAACAAUGCUGUGAUUCAGCCCAAUUCCAAUGAUUUUGUGAAGAAGGGAGCCAAAGAGAGAGGACUGGGAACUGAGUGUGGAACACCACAUUUUCACUCCUUUUGUUGUUAUUUGCUUGCGUUAUUAUUCUUUCUCGUUUUUUCCCCUUUGAUCUGAUUUUUCUUGUACAGCAAGAUAAUUGUAUAAAUAUGUAUGCAUAUAUUAUAUUUAAGACAUAUAUGUUACAAUAUUUAGUAUAUAUUGGAUUACUUACCAUGUAGUUGAGGGGAUGGAGAGAAGGGGGGGGUUAAAAUGGAUAAGUAAGGUUUUGCAAGAAUCACCUGUUGAGAAAUCCAUGCAUAUGUUUUGAAAAUAAAAAGGCACACAUUUCCUCUCUGUUA